AUGGCCGCUGACAAGAACACCUACACCCCCGGCGACGUUGGCAAGGGUGCCGGCAUCUUCAAGACCCGUUGCGCUCAGUGCCACACCACCGAGGCUGGCGGCCCCCACAAGGUCGGCCCCAACCUCCACGGCGUCUUCGGCCGCAAGUCUGGACAGGCCGAGGGCUUCUCCUACACCGCCGCCAACGUCAACAAGGGCGUUACCUGGGACGGCCAGACCCUCUUCGAGGACUCCGACUCGGACAUCCUGGUCGGCACCGGCCAGACUCUCCGCGAUCCCGUCAACAAACAGCUUGCUGACUUUCUCCAGUACCUCGAGAACCCCAAGAAGUACAUCCCCGGCACCAAGAUGGCCUUCGCCGGCCUCAAGAAGCCCAAGGACCGCAACGACCUCAUCGCCUACAUGGCCGACGCCUGCAAGUAA